AUGGCCGUCGUCGAUGCCUACUGGGCCGCCCCGCCCAUUGCCAGGACGGUUGCCACCAUGGUAUUCGCCUGCUCCGUCGCGGUCUAUACGGGUAUGAUCUCGUCGGGGCCGUUCUGGUUUCACUACAGCCACCUCUGGCAGCUCCCGCCCGCCCUCCAUCGACUUGUGCUCCCCUUCUUCCUCACAGGGCCGAACCUCGGGGUACUCUUCGAUACAUACUUUGUCUUCUCGUACUUGAGUACUCUGGAAAAGAGCAACUCCAAGUUCUCGAGGAAGGAGGACCUGAUAUGGUACCUGAUGGUUGUCGGCUCGGUCAUCAUUAUCUUGAAUCAGGUCUUUACCGGCAUCACCUUCGCAUACCUUACUGGGCUCCUGAUUGCCAUGUGCUACACAGCCACGCAAGACCAGAGGGGCCAAACGGCGCAUUUUUACGUCGUUACGAUUCCUGCGCAGUUGAUGCCAGCUUGCCUGCUAUUGGUCACCCUCCUGACGGCGGGCAUGUCACACUUUCUGAUCGGCGUCACUGGUCUGGUUGCUGCGCAUUUCCACGACUUCUGCACGCGAAUCUACCCCGAGUUUGGGAACGGACCUAAUCUGCUGCCCACACCUUGGUUUAUUUCCUGGAUCAUGACCACUCCCCGUAUACAGAACACUCUGUACGGGUCCACGUAUGUGCCUCCCAAGGACAAGCAGCCACGAAGCGGACCGUUGCCCGACUCGUGGAGAAGUGCUGGUCCUGGCCGACGAUUGGGUUAA